AGCCUGCGACUGCCUCACAUCUUUGGCGUCUUUGGAGGGACACCAGAGGCUGGGCUGGGGGCUGAACGUCACCCCCUCCUUGUCCCCUCAGGCCUUUGGAAGAGAAGACCCUCCUCUGCACCCCAGGCUUGCCCCUCGAGUGGCCUGGGUUUGACCAGGAAGGUGGCCGAAGCCUCGCUGCUACCCCCCGACCCGCGGCUGCCCACCAUCCCCGGGCCAGAGCCAUGGAAAAGUUCCGUGUGCUUUUCCAGCACUUCCAGUCCAGCUCAGAGUCAGUGAUGAAUGGCAUCUGCCUGCUGCUGGCCGCGGUCACCGUCAAGCUGUACUCCUCCUUCGACUUCAAUUGCCCCUGCCUGGCACGCUACAAUGCCCUCUAUGGCCUGGGCCUGCUGCUGACACCCCCACUUGCCCUUUUCCUCUGUGGCCUCCUUGCCAACCGGCAGUCUGUGGUGAUGGUUGAGGAGUGGCGCCGGCCCGUGGGGCACCGGAGGAAGGACCCUGGCAUCAUCAGGUAUAUGUGCUCCUCUGUGCUGCAGCGAGCGCUGGCUGCCCCCCUUGUCUGGAUCCUCCUGGCCCUCCUCGACGGGAAGUGCUUCGUGUGUGCCUUCAGCAGCUCCGUGGACCCCGAAAAGUUUCUGGACUUUGCCAACAUGACCCCCAGCCAGGUGCAGCUUUUCCUGGCCAAGGUGCCCUGCAAGGAGGAUGAGCUGGUCAGGGACAGCCCCGCGAGAAAGGCAGUGUCUCGCUACCUACGAUGCCUGUCACAGGCCAUCGGCUGGAGUAUCACCCUGCUGCUGAUCAUCCUGGCUUUCCUGGGCCGCUGCCUGAGGCCCUGCUUCGACCAGACGGUCUUCCUGCAGCGCAGAUACUGGAGCAACUACGUGGACCUGGAGCAGAAGCUCUUCGACGAGACGUGCUGUGAGCAUGCGCGGGACUUCGCGCACCGCUGCGUGCUGCACUUCUUUGCCAACAUGCAGAGCGAGAUGCGGGCACGGGGGCUGCGCCGGGACACCGCGGACAGGGACCCCGAGCCCCCCGUGACGCCCGCGCCCCGCGAUGGCCUGGACGGCGGCGGAAGCGGGAAGGCCCACCUGCGUGCCGUUUGCAGCCGGGAGCAGGUGGACCGCCUCCUGAGCACCUGGUACUCCAGCAAACCGCCACUCGACCUCCUGGCAUCCCCUGGGAUCUGGGGAAGGGGGGGAGGAGGGCUCAACCACCGCGCCCUCACAGUGGCCCCAGGCACCAGGCUGUCCCAGCGCACCGGCGUGUAGGGACCCCAGCAGUGUCCCCUCCUGAAGUGCCCGCACUGAAAACGGUCUAGGGGAUUUCCAGGCGGUGCUGACCCCAAGCAGGGCAACCUAACCCUUGCUGGCCUCCUUCCCCCAAACAGCCCAAUCUCUAGCCUAGUUUCAGGGUGUGGCCUCCCAUGUGCUCCAAAGCAGUGUUCACAAACUUCAGUGAGCUCACUGUUCACCUGGGCUCUUGUUAAAUGCAGGUUCUGAUUCAGUGCAUCCAGAGCUGGGUCUGAGAGUGCAUUUCUAUCUUGCUGCCAGGCCACACUGACACGUGUGAACUAGCGAGAGCCUAAUAGAGCUAAGUAGCAAGAGUCUAAAUAGAUCUGCCAUGAAUUCUGGGUCCUAGAUGUCCAGAUCCUAAAUUUAAAAAUAAUAAUAACAUUGGGGCGCCUGGGUGGCUCAGUCAGUUAAGCGUCCGACUUUAGCUCAGGUCAUGAUCUCACGGUUAGUGAGUUCCAGCCCUGCAUCAGACCCUGCUUCAGAUUCUGUGUCUCCCUCUCUCUCUGCCCCUCCCCUGCUUGUU